AAAUAAAAUAAAAUGAUAAGCAAUCCAAACAAGCUAUAAAUGAAAUUUUAAAAAAGCAAAAAAAAAAAUGAAAAAAAGAGAGUUCUUUUCAAAGUUUCCUCUUCUUCUCUUCUCCACUUUUCUCUGUUGCAACUGCACUUCUAGGUUUACUCUUUUUGUCUUCUUCUUUUCUACUUUUUUAGAUCUUUAACUUGUAAUUAUUUUUCUACAUCAUGCUUUCUUUUUCCCUCUGUUCUGCAAUUUUUUUCUUCUUUGUAGUUUCUUUCUCUGUUCUGCUAUGCUUUGGUCUGUGUUCUGCAAUUGUUUCUUUGUUUUGUGAUGUUUUUCUCUGUUAUACACUGCUAAGCUUUUGCAUUUGAUUAAUAUAUUUUUACCUGUGACGACUAUUGGCUAUCUAGUUCUGUAUUUACUUUUUCAUUUAAAAAUUGAAUGAUUUGCUUAAUAUAUUAUUUCUAUUGAGUUCUUGGUUAUUUGACAAUGCAUAUUUAAUAUUUUUUCUUUUUGUAUUAAUUUGCGCUUUACUUGAAAAAAGUGCACGCUCGGCUGAUGCUUCUCCAGCAUUUCCAUAAGUUCGCCAACCAAAUGUUUCCUUUAAUAGUCCAUUAAUUUAUUAAUUUAACCCUAACUUUCCUGGGAUUGAGGUAUAGUUGUUGUUGAAUGAAAAACUAUGAGUGUCAUGUGUCCGAUAGUUGGGGGAGAAGAAACUCAUAUAGCUGUAUGUAAAUAUAAUAUAAGAGAAAAGUCUUGGUUUCAAAUGCAUGACAAAAUAACUUGAAUACAUCUUUCUUGCACAUUUUUUUCUGUAUAAUUUUAAACAGUGCAUUUCUAAGCAUGCCUUUGCUUAUGUUUUCAGAUAUAACAUUCUUUUCGUUCUGUCAAUAUACCCUUCAAGUGCUUGGAGUCGUAUUACUAUACAAACAAAACUAUAGUGAGGCUUGAGUAUGUUUUUGACAAGCAAUGUUCACCGAGCUCAUCUGCAUGUGAGUGUGUCUUCUCUAUCCCAAUUGAAGUCCCUCUUUUCCAUUGAGUAUGCUGUAAAGUUGUUGAAAAAGUUAGCUGAUGAUGGGAACUUCAAAUUGGGAAAAGUUGUUCAUGCACUUCUUAUUGUAUCUAAUCAUGCAUCAGAAGACCAUAUAAGUCAGAAUAAUUGUCUCAUUAAUCUCUAUUCAAGUUGUGGACAACUUGCUAUUGCUCGGCAGGUAUUCAACAGAUUGCAGCAACGAAAUGUAGUUUCUUGGAGUACUUUAAUGACAGGGUAUUUUCACAACGGGUUUACCUGGGAGGUACCCAAAUUGUUCAAAGACAUGGUUUCAGUGGAUAAUUUAUUUCCAAAUGAGUAUGUCUUGUCUACUGUUCUUUCUUCUUGUUCUAGUGGUGGUUUGCUACACGAAGGGCGGCAGUGUCAUGCAUUAGUGUUAAAGUCAGGAUUGGUGUUUCAUCAGUUUGUGAAAAAUGCUCUUCUAUCCUUUUAUACAAUGUCUUCAGAUAUGGAAGGGGUUCUGGAAAUCUUGAAGUCUGUUCCUGGAGCAGACAACAUUACUUAUAAUUCUGUACUGAAGGGGUUCUUGGAUCAUGGGUAUACAAGUCAAGCAUUGGAUGUCUUCUCAAGGAUGUUGGCUGAGGGCUCGGUAGGGGACAAAAUCAGUUAUGUGAAUAUAUUUGGUCUUUGUGCUCGUCUCAAGGAUUUGAAAUUGGGUCAGCAAGUUCAUUCCAGGAUGUUGAAGUCAGGUCUUCAGCUUGAUGUGUUUUUAAGCAGUGCAGUCAUGGACAUGUAUGGAAAGUGUGGUGAAAUUUUAGGUGCAAGAUAUAUCUUUUAUUCUUAUCCUGACCAUAAUGUGGUGUCUUGGACAACAAUCUUGGCUGCAAAUUUCCAAAAUGAGUGCUUUGAGGAAGCCCUGAAAAUGUUCUUACAAAUGGAACUUCAGGAUGUUGUGCCAAAUGAAUACACAUUUGCAGUAUUGUUGAAUUCCUGUGCAGGUCUAUCAGCACUUGGGUGCGGGAAAACAUUACAUGCACGUGUUGAGAAGACAGGACAUGGAGCUUUUGUUGUAGUGGGGAAUGCUUUGAUCAAUAUGUAUUUUAGGAGUGGCCAUAUUGAAGCCGCUAGGGCCUUAUUUUCGAACAUGAUAUGUCGAGAUACUGUUACUUGGAAUUUGAUAAUAUCAGGUUUCUCUCAUCAUGGGCUUGGUGAGGAUGCAUUGUAUAUGUUUCAGGACAUGUUAGCUGCCAAAGAGCAACCAAACUAUGUAACCUUUGUCGGGGUUCUUUUGGCUUGUGGACAUUUGGGUAGAAUAGAAGAAGGAUUUUACUAUUUGCAACAUCUAAUGAGGGACUUUGGCCUUGAACCUGGGUUGGAGCACUACACCUGUGUUGUUGGGCUCCUAGGUAAAGCUGGAAAACUUGAUGAGGCUGAGAAGUUCAUGAGGUCGACACCAAUCACAUGGGAUGUUAUUGCUUGGCGUACUUUGCUUAAUGCUUGUAACGUCCACCGCAAUUAUGGUUUAGGACAGAAAGUGGCAGACCAUUUGUUGCAAUUGAACCCUAAUGAUGUGGGAACCUAUAUCUUGUUGUCCAAUAUGCAUGCCAAGGUGAAAAGGUGGGAUGGUGUAACAAAGAUACGGAAGUUAUUACGAGAAAGGAACAUAAAGAAAGAACCAGGAUUGAGCUGGACUGAAAUAAGAAAUGAAACUCAUCUGUUUGUUUCUGAUGACACCCAACACCCGGAGACAGCUCAAAUCCAUGAGAAGGUGAGAAAAUUGUUGGCUGAAAUAAAACUAUUGGGCUAUGUUCCAGAAACGGCUUCCGUCUUGCAUGAUGUUGAGCAAGAACAGCAAGAGGGUUAUCUUAGGUACCACAGUGAAAAGCUGGCUGUGGCAUAUGCUCUCAUGAAAACGCCAUCCAAAGCUCCAAUUCAUGUCAUUAAGAAUCUCAGAAUCUGUGAUGAUUGUCAUUCUGCUUUGAAGCUUAUCUCAAAGGUCACCAUGAGAGUGAUAGUUGUAAGAGAUGUCAAUCGGUUCCACAGUUUUCAAUAUGGGUCCUGUUCAUGCGCAGAUUAUUGGUGAAACAUCACAAGAUUGACACGUAGUUUCUUACAAGGUUUCAAAUGAGAAUUUUUCCUUCUGCUACCUAAGAAGUCAAGGGAUCCCCCAGAGUCUUAACUUUCUAAAGUAUAUAUCACACAGCACAAUAGUCAUUGCAAUCACAUUUUGAAAUUUCUGCACGAUUUCCGGAGGAAUAGAAGCAAAGUGCAACAGCUGGUUCAAGUAUUCGAUCCAGUUGUUUGAGCUUUUGAUGGAACAGCUGGAGAGGCAGUCUUAAUGCGAGUGAGAUAACUGCUAGUUUUCUUUAGUGUAUUUAGUUUUAUUUGUUGAAUUGUAUGACUAUUUCAUCUAAAAGCUAAGUUGUUAGAGAAGGUGCACUUUUAUUUAGUUAAUUAUAUCUUCAACAUGCUUCAAUAUUCUGGAAUAAUGUUAUUUAAUUAUGGGAAGAUCUAGAGAACAAGCACACAGAUCCUUGGCUGCAGUUAAACGUUAUAAGGUUACUAGCUGAUCUAAAUUCUUCAGUUAAGAGGCCUGAAAUUGUGGAUUAUAUUACCAAAAUUCAUUGAAAGCCUAGAGGAGCGUGAUGCAUGACACCAGGCUUAUUGAGACUCCGAGUAUGAAGCUCUCAUUUCAUUCCAAACAUAGUGCACUUGUAUCUCUGCCUCAUCUGUUCAAGUUUUGAAAGACGUUAUUCUGAACUGAGCUAUUGAACUGCUUUCUGUUUCUUUCUUUCUUCUCUUUUUUUUGGGGGGAGCUGCUGCAGCUUCUUGAUGCUGUUGCGCGCAUGGAAAGUUUAGGUUUUGAGAAGUCCAAUUGUGAAGCUAUUGUUUUGAUGACAAGGAGUUAAUUGAGUAAGCUUGCUUCUGUUGGCUCAGCUGAAAGUAAGACCACAGCUCCAGAAGCCACAACAGAAUGCGUUGAGAUGUGGGCUUGGCUGCAGAGUCAAAAAGUGGAAAGUUGGUCUUCCUGAGAAUGUGCUUUACUGGACUGUUUCUGGAGAAUCUCAAGGACAAUGUCUUUUGCAGGAGAGGAGCUGAUUCUCUUGAACCUCCACUUCCUGCCGCGGCUGAGAUAUGUUCAGAUUUUGAUCCUACUGUAGAUGUUGAGCCCUUCACUAGUUGUUCGAAACUUGUAGUUCUAUAUUGGUCUCUUGGGGUUACCUCCUCUAUCACAGGGCCAUCAUGCCAUGAAAAAGUCAGUAUCGACUACUCUAAACAGUGUUGCAGCAUGGGAGCAAUUACACUUCGAGCAGUGAGUGCUCCAUACAUGUGGAGUGCUAAUUGGAACUCCGCCGUCCAAUGCAUUUCUCAAGGAACCCACUACUUGUAAGUUAAGAUCUGAUUUAGAAGUUCAGCUUUUGAGCAAAGUUUGUAAUCCAUCUUCUCCUAGAAUGCUUGGUUCUUAUGUUGAAGCUGCUGUGCCUUGUUGCAACUACCAUAGGUCAAUCUUGUGAAACGAGUUGGAAACAUGUAUAAGAUGUUGCACCUAUAGGUGCAUUCUUAUGUCGUGUGCCAUAGUGAAAUUUCAUCCAAACUUGGUAGUCUAGCGAUCUUUGUAUUAAUUCCCUCUUGCUCAUAUAGCUCUAAUUUUAUGCUUUUUUGCUCCGUCUACCUUGAUUAAGAAGAGGUUCAUUUUGUAAAAAAACCUACAUCGGAACACUGGGAACAUCAUCAAUACAAAACUACUCGAGGUCAUCUAUUUAGUCCUCUAU